AUAUCAUAAUAAACUCAUUAUGAAACUUAUACUAUUACCGGUGUUGGUGUUGCUUGUGGUACAAGCAUCUGGCUUGAACAUCUUAUUGUCCACCACCGACUCUUGGGUUACCAAAAACUCCCGUCUUUUGGCCCACCAGUUGACCCAGAAAAACCAUACGGUUGUGCUUGUGGCACCAUUACAUCAAUCUGUGGGUGCUUUACACCAGAAUACCCACGUUUCCAACCACAGGAUCACCGACGGUGGUGACUUUGGUCACUUGUUGCCUUCCAACCAGUUGUACUAUAAAAACUUGUUGAAGUUGGACAAGAUUAACUUAUUACCUGGGGCCCCUAGACGCUUGUUGAAGAAAGAAGACUUGCGCAGAAUCGAAGAAGAAGUCGACGAAGAGGUUGGCGGUGGAGUGUCGUUUGUAAACACAAACCAGUGGGGAAAUGAUCCAUUGGACAAGAACUGUUGGUACGUAAACAGUAACGACCCCAUCAGCAUUUUGUCGGUGGCCGUCCACAACUUGCUUCCACAGAUGUACCCUGGCAUGAAGAUCGACUUGGCCAUUUUAGGGCCCACCGAAGGAACCACAGAUGACGUUCAGAAUGUGGUUACACAAAUGGAAAAGUUUUUACUAGUCAAGGAAAUACCCACCAUCUCGGUGCACUCAAAGGACUCGAGCCACAUCUACUUCAAAAGUGACUUGGUCACCAAGAACAGAAGAAGUCAGUUUGCCAAGAUGACCCAUUAUCAGAACUCCAAGAUUAUUGAGUUGGUUGAUCGGUUGCAAAUUGACCGUCCGGGUACCUUGAUGCCCAAGUUCCAUGCCAUCAACAUAAAGUUCCCCCAGUACUUGAAAUCCAACUGUAAACUUGCUUCGGACUUCAGCCUUACGCAAAGUAACCAGUUGCUUCUGUUGUCGUACAAUGUUUUCGACGUGGUGGAUGAUGAGUUAGUCAAUGUCAAUACCACCAGUUUACUGUUGACCAGCAAAGAUGAGUUGGCUCACAAGGGUGGUUCUCAUGUGGAUCUGGGCUACGAGGACUUUGAAGAAGAAGAAACACAGUUUUUCAUCAAUAAAGAGUCGGAAUAUUACAAAAACAAGUUAAAGCACUCCAGAUCGAUUCCUGUCAAGGACCGUAUGAGGUCCAUUAAUGCGGCCGAUGAAGUGGUUUUUCUGAUGUGUGAUAUCCCUAUGAGCAUCGACUACUUGUUUGAGCUUGACCCAGAUUUUCAUUUAUAAACUAGCUGUAUUAUAAUUAUAACGAUUAAUGGUAGACUU